CCAACAGAAACGAGCGAAGGCGUGGCGGUCCGACUGAGGAUAUGAACACCAUGAACCUCCGAACUUAUCUAUCAGUUCAGUUGGAGCUGGCGUGAAUCGGGAGAAGUAAACACACAGCUUUUGACUUCAACUCUGUCCCUGCUGAACAACAACUGAUAAUAUUUCAGUGCGCCGGAAACGGGGUGAGCGUGACAUAAACAACAUGUCCCAUCAAGCAAUGAACGGGGUCUCGUGUCGGGGCAAGGUGUUGACUCUCGACAACAUGAACCCCAACGUGAAGCGGGUCGAGUACGCGGUCCGAGGUCCCAUUGUCCAGCGGGCGGUGCAAAUAGAGAAGGAGCUAAGAGAGGGAGUCAAGAAACCAUUUACAGAAGUCAUCAAGGCGAACAUAGGAGAUGCCCAUGCUAUGGGUCAGAGACCAAUCACCUUUUUCAGACAGGUCUUGGCUCUGUGUUCUUAUCCUGAACUCCUGGAAGACAACAAGUUUCCUGAGGACGCCAAGAAGAGAGCGCGUCGUAUUCUUGAUGCCUGUGGAGGCCACAGUAUAGGUGCCUACAGUGCCAGCCAGGGAAUUGAGUGCGUCCGCCAGGAUGUGGCGCGCUACAUAGAAAGGAGAGACGGUGGUAUCUCUUCUAACCCUGACAAUAUCUACCUCUCCACCGGGGCCAGUGAUGCUAUUGUGACCAUAUUGAAGCUGCUGGUGUGCGGUGAGGGACCAGACCGUACAGGAGUCAUGAUCUCCAUUCCUCAGUACCCUCUGUACUCAGCCACGCUGGCCGAUCUGGGCGCCGUUCAGAUCAGUUAUUACCUGGACGAAGAGAAGUGUUGGAGUCUGGAUGUGACGGAGCUCAAGAGAGCCUUGAACGCUGCAAAGCAGCACUGCAAGCCUCGCGUCCUCUGCAUCAUCAACCCUGGAAACCCCACAGGUCAGGUCCAGAGCAGGCAGUGCAUUGAAGAUGUGAUCCAAUUUGCUAAAGAGGAGCAUCUCUUCCUCAUGGCUGAUGAAGUUUACCAGGAUAAUGUGUAUGCAGAGGGUUCUAAGUUUCACUCCUUUAAGAAAGUGUUGUUUGAGAUGGGACCAGAGUAUUCCAGCACUGUGGAGAUGGCCUCCUUCCACUCCACCUCCAAGUGCUACAUGGGAGAGUGUGGAUUCCGUGGAGGCUACAUGGAGGUGAUCAAUAUGGACCCUGCGGUGAAGGCCCAACUCACCAAACUGGUGUCAGUGCGUCUGUGCCCUCCUGUCCCCGGUCAAGCUCUCCUGGAUCUGGUGGUGAACCCCCCACAGCCAGAUGAGCCCUCCUACACCACAUUUAUGAAGGAGCGGACAGCUGUGUUAGCAGAUUUGGCAGAAAAGGCCAGACUAACAGAGGAGAUCUUUAACACCGUACCUGGCAUCACCUGUAACCCAGUCCAGGGGGCCAUGUACACCUUCCCCCGCAUCACACUACCCCAGAAGGCCAUUGACAAGGCCAAGGAGGAAGGCGCAGUUCCAGACAUGUUCUACUGCAUGAAACUAUUGGAGGAGGAGGGAAUCUGUUUGGUACCAGGAAGUGGUUUUGGCCAAAAAGACGGAACCUUUCAUUUCAGGAUGACCAUCUUGCCUCCAACUGAGAAGCUGAAGGUGGUGCUGCAGAAGAUCCGUGACUUCCACUUGCGGUUCACAAAGGAGUUUUCCUAACAGUCCUCAACCCGUCAACCACAUUUCGGAAACCAACCCAUCCAGUGCCAGUAUUUAAAUAUCUUUGUAUGGAUGAUGAAGGCGCUCUCUGCAGCAACCAUCUUCACACUAGUUCAGAUUUUUCCAAGCUCUUUUAGUCUUUGAAAAACCUUCAACUGUGAAAACAGACGCUGUCAGAUUUUUUAUUCAUGAUGCACUUUCUGUAAGUUUAACUCAGCCUGGUCCAUUGUGUUCAAAAAUAUGUUAGUGCGUUAGAUUUUUGGGUACAGAUGCAUCCCUCUCCUGCCAUAAUGUUUAUUGCCAGACCGUUUUAUGUUUUAUGUGAUUACUUAACUGAACUGGC